AUGACUCGUUAUACGAACUUGGGCCGCAAGCGCUCCUAUGUCGACGCUGGCAUGAACUACCGUGAAAACGCAAGCUCCCAAGCUGCCUCUACUUCCGCCUCUGCCUCUGCGCCGACCGACGCGCCACCUACUACAGACGCAGACCCCUCCGACCCCGCCGCCGGGACUUCCGGAACAUCUGGACCGCCGAAGAAGAAAAAGAGGCGCGGAAAAGCCAGUAAUGAGAAGCGCGAGGCGAAGAGGGUAGGCGGUGAAGGGGAAGGUGAAAAGGGGGAGGAAAGUGAUGGAGGGGAUGAGGACGAGGAUAAGGGCGUAAAGGCAGCGGACAAGCCCUCGGCCUCAGUGGAGACCGGCGAAAAGCCUGAAUCAAAUAAGGCGAAGAAGUUGAGGCUGUUCAAGGAGAAGCAGAAGGCGAAGCGCAAAAAAGAUGAUGCCGACCGUGCGGCUGCAUCGGAAAAGAGACGUCUGAAGCGCAUAGCAGAGCGCCAUGCGAAUAAAGUGUGCUUCGCUUGUAGAGAGAUGGGCCAUGCAGCGCAACUAUGCCCGAAUGUCAAGCCGGAAGACCAAGCUAAGGGCGCGAACCCUGCUGGUAUCUGCUAUCGGUGUGGCUCAACAAGGCAUACGCUCGCGAGGUGUAGGAAACCGGAGAACGCGAAGAACCCUAUGCCGUUCGCUUCUUGCUUCGUAUGCUCAGAACAGGGUCAUCUCGCGUCGGGCUGUCCGCAGAAUAAAAAGACAACGCAUCUGGCUAUCAACUGCCCUAUGCGCCAGACCGACCCGGGCUUGGUGACGGCUGUCUUUGGCAUUGGACGCGAGGCUGGCGCCGAUGAAGACGACUUCCACACGUUCAAGCGCAAGAACGUUGAAGUCGAUCGUGAGGUUCAGAGCGUGGAGAAGAGGAUGAAGAUGGCCGCUGUUCGCGUUGGAAAGCAUACAGGCGCCGCACAAGUCUUUGGACCGGCUCCUGCACCUGUAAAGCCGAAGAAGGUCGUGACUUUCUAG